AUGUCUGCCUCAACCGCCACCGCCUCCGCCUCGCUCUCCGACUGUCCGCGCCCAGGGCGACUCCGUCGCUUCAGCCAGCUUCGUGCCUAUACACAAAAUCUAUCUCACUCGUCUCCCGGGCAUCGAUCGCGUAACAGUCUCAGUAGUCGAGUGCCUUGGUUAUCCCCGUCCUCGUCGGGUCCGGAGUCUCCAACGCAACAGGUGGGGAACUCCACUACUCCAGGCCCCGAAAGUGACCAACCAGCCCUGUCUCGCUACACUUCUGCACCCACUGCGAGCUCCCACGGUCUCGGCGUCGACACACAAACGUCAUCGGCCGAGUCCUCUAGGUCAACUCCUCCAAACGAGCCAGUUCAGCCUUCCCCCAAUGUCAUGGCGCGAUUAAGGAGUGCUUCGGCCGUGCAAGGUCGCCCGCCUCCCACCGAUGCGCCCGACUCGACAGGUGCGAUUCCGGCGGACGCUGCCCAGGUCACCACCGUGACCUCCAAGAAGGCAACCAUUCGAUUUUUCCCGUACCAGGACACUUUCCAGAGCUCGAGACCGUCCCUCCCUUUCGUCCCCAUUGCACGCACGUUACCCUCUGAGAGCUCCGUCAUUCGAGUUGGUCGGUACUCUGAACGCGAUGGCAUCCCAAUUCCCAACCCCACCGAGCCCUCGGACGCCCCCGUAGGCUUUAAAUCGAAGGUGGUCAGCCGGAAACACUGCGAGUUCAUCUAUAGUAAUGGCCAGUGGCACAUUAAGGAUGUCGGAAGUUCCUCUGGCACAUUUUUGAACCAUAUGCGAUUGAGUCAGCCGAAUAUGGUUUCACGUCUGUACUCGAUCAAGGAUGGCGACAUUGUGCAGCUGGGAAUUGAUUUCCGCGGUGGCGAAGAGAUGAUUUUCCGUUGUGUUCGGAUCCGAAUUGAGUGCAAUCGCUCUUGGCAGCAACAGCCGAACGAGUUCAAUAAAAACACCGAGAGUCUCAUCAAAAACCUCGGGAAAGGAGAUGGAGCCGACUAUUCUGGUUGUCGAGAGUGUUCGAUUUGCCUCGGCUCUGUUUUGCGCCCAUAUCAAUGUCUUUUUAUGGCAGCAUGUGCCCACGUUUGGCAUUACAAAUGUAUUAGUCGAUUACUGCACUCUCCCGACUAUCCCAUGUUCCAAUGUCCCAACUGUCGUGCAUUCACCGAUCUCAGCGCGGAGGUCGACGACACCAACGAUGUCGUUGAGAAUGACGAAGGCAAAGCCCCAACCGAGGCCACACCAACAAAUGAUGCUGCCGAGUCUGCUUCAGGGACGCAGCCCGCCGUAACUGCACAAGCCACGACGAACGGUGCGGAGGAGCAACAGCCGACCCCGUUGGAACCGCACACCGAAGAACCGGACUUUGUCACCGACGUUGAGAAUUUACACUUACAAGACGAUAAUGAUGAAGCAUCUGGUUCUGGAAUCGAUAUGGAGGAUGGCCGCAGCUCGGACUCCCAGGCCCCGAGUACCAGUCAUGACGACCUUGCUCGCAGCGCCACCAUCAGCAUCCCCGGAUUCCAACCUACACAGCCUCUCAACGUUCCCGCGGCUCGACAACCACAUCUUCGUGCAGACACACCCGGCCGGUCAGAGACAUCCGAUGACAAUCCUCUGACCCCACGUAACGACUCGGGCCCACUAGCCUUUGACGGGCGUGCGGGUAUGCGGUGA